GAUAAACGAUCGGCGAGAACAAAAGAUUCCAAGGCAACCGGGAAACAAACGACAACUCGUUGAUUUCGUCGCCGAUUUUUUUUCUUGAUCGUACGUACGCUCAGGACAAACUCUUUGUUUCAGGCUAAUUUCUCGAGUAUUGUAGAAAAAUAUAGUACCGAUAGAAUAGCAAAGAUAGAGGGAAGCGAGGGAAAAGUGUUCGCGAGUGAACGAGAUCGUGUCGGGAACAGUGCGUAGAGAUCGAGGAUCGAAAAAAUGCGUGAAAUUGCCCAUCUCCAGGCUGGCCAAUGCGGGAAUCAGAUAGGAGCAAAGUUUUGGGAGGUGAUAUCCGACGAGCACGGUAUAGAUCCAACCGGCACGUACCACGGUGACUCCGAUCUCCAGCUGGAACGCAUAAACGUUUAUUACAACGAGGCGUCGGGGGGGAAAUACGUUCCAAGAGCGAUCCUCGUCGACUUGGAGCCGGGCACCAUGGACGCGGUACGCUCCGGCCCGUUCGGCCAGAUAUUUCGGCCGGACAAUUUUGUGUUCGGGCAGAGCGGGGCCGGGAACAAUUGGGCGAAAGGCCAUUACACAGAAGGAGCUGAACUCGUCGACUCGGUUCUCGACGUUGUGCGGAAAGAGGCCGAAAGUUGCGACUGUUUGCAAGGAUUUCAAUUGACUCAUUCUCUCGGCGGUGGAACAGGAGCUGGAAUGGGAACGUUGCUUAUAUCCAAAAUUCGCGAGGAAUAUCCGGAUAGAAUUAUGAUGACGUUCAGCGUGGUGCCUUCCCCGAAGGUAUCCGACACGGUGGUCGAACCCUACAACUGCACUCUGUCGGUGCAUCAAUUGGUUGAAAAUACAGACGAGUCUUAUUGUAUCGAUAACGAGGCCCUAUACGAUAUUUGCUUCCGUACGUUAAAGUUAACGACACCGACUUACGGUGAUCUGAAUCACUUGGUGAGCGCAACGCUUAGCGGAGUGACCACGUGUUUAAGAUUUCCUGGACAACUAAACGCCGACUUGCGUAAACUCGCUGUAAAUAUGGUACCCUUCCCACGAUUGCAUUUCUUUAUCCCAGGUUUCGCACCCUUAACGUCCAGAGGUUCGCAACAAUACAGAGCUCUAACGGUCCCGGAACUCACGCAACAAAUGUUUGACGCGAAAAACAUGAUGGCGGCGUGCGAUCCUCGCCACGGUCGUUACCUGACCGUGGCAGCCGUCUUUCGAGGUAGGAUGUCGAUGAAGGAGGUGGACGAACAAAUGCUCAAUAUUCAAAAUAAGAACAGUAGUUAUUUCGUGGAAUGGAUUCCUAGUAACGUUAAGACUGCCGUGUGCGAUAUUCCCCCCCGCGGGUUAAAAAUGUCGGCAACUUUCAUUGGGAAUUCAACGGCGAUUCAGGAAUUGUUCAAGAGAGUAUCGGAACAAUUCACGGCGAUGUUCAGGCGGAAAGCUUUUCUGCAUUGGUACACGGGAGAGGGGAUGGAUGAAAUGGAAUUCACCGAGGCUGAGAGCAAUAUGAACGACUUGGUGUCCGAGUACCAGCAAUAUCAAGAGGCUACCGCCGAGGAAGAAGGCGAGUUCGACGAAGAAGAAGAGGGUGAGGGCGAACACCCGUAAAAGUUGAAUUGUCUUUUAAAAAAGAAAAUAUAUAUAUAGUAUAAAUUUCGUUAACUUAUGAAAAAGUGCCUGUAUCACACGAAUUAGUAAUUGCGUUUAAAAAUAGAUUUCUCUCCUUAACACGUUCGAAUCUUCCACCUCACCUUUUCAACGACUAUCUUAACUCAAUCCUGUCCUCUUAAGUCAGCGUUUAUUGUAACUUUAAAAAAAGAAACA